UCAUUUAUUUCAAUUACAUUUUUUAAAGUCAAAUUUUCGUUUCCCCUCUCCUUUUUUUGUGUAUCGAUCUCCUUUUACCAUUUCUUGUUAAAUUUUUAUUUUGGACACUUCUGGAUAUUAAAACAAACCUGACGAUAGUAAAAUAAAAAUUUGGGUCGGAACGGAAAUUUAUUACGAAAAACAUCCUAGUCAUAUUUACUUCAAUCAACAACCAAUCCAUUGUAAAAAUUACCAACCAAAUACAAAUACUGGAAAACGGAUCACCUAUGACCACCUAUUGAUCUAGUAUGACACGGUUUUUUACUUUAUGGAAGAGUCCGGAGGAUGGCGCAAAUCGAAACUCGGAUAAAGUUUCGAAAUUUUUGCUAAACAUCAAUGAAACAUUCAAAAUCUUCCUGAACAACUGCAGCUGGUUCGUUUACGUCACAGCUGUCCUGCUCAUAGGCUGCUGCAUGUAUUAUUACAUUUACGAUUGCAAGCGCCGUUUAGAUUUACGACGGAGACGGCAAGAAGUUCAAAGAGCCAAUGACAGGGUACCACAAAGAAGGCGUCCAGGUGCGGUUUAUAGAGAUCAUGAAAUCUUUCGAAACGUUAUGCGUACAGUUCGGCAAUAUAUUGGACACUCGAAAGAGAAGAACCAAGCGGAGCCGUAUGUGCUGCGUCGUACACGGAGCGGUGCGAUCUACGGACGAUUUGCCGAUCGGGAAAGUGGGAGCACAUAAAGGUCGAUCGCAGAAAGCAGAAACUUGAUUGGUUUAAGAAAAUUAAAAGAUGAAACUAUUGCAAAAGUUAUAUAGGAAAGCACAUAAAACGUGCAAGGCAUACUAAAUCACAAACCAAUUGAUUAACUCUUCCAAAAAUUGCAUAGCUUUUCAAAUAUAUUUAUAUUUCA